GUUGAUUACAAGCUUGAAUCAUCUUAUCACCGUUGAUCUUUUUGAUAAUCCGGAUCCAUUUUUUGAAUACUAUUAUUACCCGUAGAGAAUAGACUCAAAUUUGCUACAAAAUUAGAAUUCAGCUUUGUUACUUAACAAAAAGAUUGUCUCCUCUUCUCCUUCUUCGCUUCCAUUCUUUGAAUUCUGAUAUUUUUGUGAAAAUGGAGAUUCCGGAGAGAGUGAAAGCUCGAUUGGCCCUUCUCUCGGCGCACUUGGCCGUGUCUGAUCCCGUCGGAUUGGAACAGGUGUUGCCGGCGAUCGAGCCAUGGUGCACAUCGAGUGCUGCACCGCAUGGAUCCCUCAAGGGAAGCUUGACGAUCGUCGAUGAGCGUACCGGAAAGAGAUACCAGGUCCCAGUCUCAGAGGAUGGUACCGUCAAAUCGAUCGACCUGAAGAAGAUAACGACGGGGAAGGAUGACAAGGGGCUUAAGUUAUAUGAUCCAGGUUACUUGAACACGGCUCCGGUUCGGUCUUCAAUCUCUUACAUAGACGGAGAUGAAGGGAUCCUACGUUAUCGAGGUUACCCAAUCGAGGAGUUGGCUGAGACCAGCACUUUCAUCGAGGUUUCUUAUCUCCUCAUGUACGGGAAUCUGCCUUCUCAAAGUCAGCUAGCUAAUUGGGAAUUUACAGUUUCUCAGCAUUCAGCUGUACCACAAGGAGUAUUGGAUAUCAUACAGACCAUGCCUCAUGAUGCACACCCAAUGGGAGUUCUUGUGAGUGCGAUGAGUGCACUUUCCAUCUUUCACCCUGACGCAAACCCUGCUCUUAGGGGCCAAGAUAUUUACAAGUCGAAACAAGUUCGUGAUAAACAGAUUGUUCGUAUUCUUGGAAAGGCACCAACUAUUGCAGCAGCUGCUUAUUUGAGGAUUGCAGGCAGGCCUCCCGUUCUUCCUUCGGGAAACCUUUCUUAUGCAGAGAAUUUCCUCUAUAUGCUUGAUUCAAUGGGAAAUAGGUCUUACAAGCCUAAUCCUCGUCUGGCUCGAGUGCUGGACAUUCUCUUCAUACUGCAUGCUGAACAUGAAAUGAACUGCUCUACUUCUGCUGCUCGGCAUCUUGCGUCUAGUGGCGUGGAUGUGUACACUGCUGUCGCUGGAGCUGUUGGAGCGCUUUAUGGUCCACUUCAUGGUGGUGCCAACGAGGCUGUGCUUAAGAUGUUAGCGGAGAUUGGCUCUGUUGAAAAUAUUCCAGAGUUCAUCGAAGGCGUGAAGAACAGAAAAAGGAAGAUGUCAGGUUUCGGACAUCGUGUUUACAAAAACUACGACCCAAGAGCAAAAGUCAUAAAGAAACUAGCGGAUGAAGUGUUCUCCAUUGUUGGAAGGGAUCCUCUGAUCGAGGUAGCAGUUGCUCUAGAGAAGGCAGCUCUGUCUGAUGAAUAUUUUGUUAAGAGAAAGCUUUACCCAAAUGUUGAUUUCUACUCUGGAUUAAUCUAUAGGGCAAUGGGAUUCCCACCAGAAUUCUUCACAGUCCUGUUUGCAGUCCCGCGUAUGGCUGGAUACUUGUCACACUGGCGUGAGUCGUUGGAUGAUCCCGACACUAAGAUCAUGAGACCCCAACAGGCCUACACCGGGGUGUGGCUAAGGCAUUACGAGCCGGUGCGAGAAAGAAAGUUGUCAAGUGAUUCAGAUAAGUUGGGUCAAGUUUCCGUUUCCAAUGCAUCAAGAAGGCGUUUAUCUGGUUCUGCACUUUAGUCUCUGUCCCUUAUAAUACAUACGAAUAAAGACAGAACAUUGGGACACCUCUAGGCGAACAAGAGGGUCUUGUCAACAUUCUUUGUUGUUUUUCAUUCUCCUACAAAUUUAAACACUCAAUAAUCCACAUCCUAUUAUUUUAUAGUAAUAAAUUGAUGAUUUAAAUACUUUUUUUCCUCAGCCACAAUUUUAGAAUAAUUUUUAUAUUCGAAAUCAUCCUUUUUUUUUUCUAAGAUCGAAAUGAUUAUUUU